UAUGCAUAACUAACUGAUAAAGAAAUGUCCUUUGGACCUACUGUGAUAAAAUUCCACCAUCUCGAUGAUUUAUAUUAUUUAUAUAACCCAUAAGAGGUGUGUUGACACUUGAAGCAAGCGAAAGAACUAUUAUCAUGCCGAUGUGUAUAGUAAAUACCAAUCGUAAAAGCGAAGACAUACCGAAUGAUUUUGAAGCCAAAUUGGCAGAGAAAGUUGCCAGUGUAUUAAACAAACCACUUUCUGCUAUGCAAGUUGUAAUAAAUAGUGGGGCGCGGGUGUAUCGUAAAGAGAGUACAGCACCAGCAUGUAUUAUGCAGCUUUAUUCGAUUGAUGUAUUUGAUGAACAAAGAAAUCCCACCUACACACCGCCAUUACUAGACUUUCUUAAAACGCAAUUAAGACUCGGUGAAAAUAGGACGGUUGUACAUUAUAUACCAGCACAACGCUACAUGUUUGGUCAAUAAUUAUUGAUGAUCUACCGAUAUUAUUUUAUAUUUAAAAUUUAUUUGUGUACAAAUAUUUGAUAAUAAGCAUGAUUUAUAUAGUAGAUUGCUGAGGGAAUAUUGUCGAAUAAAUCAAUAUAUUUGAUAAUUAAAUGAAUAAAUAAAUGUAUUAUUUAAAACCAUAGACAUUGUUCAAAUGGUAAAUGCCUGGUCUACUUUUCCCUAAUCUGAUUAAAAUACAGAUCUA